GGUCAUCUGCUUAUGAGCUAGUCUGGAGUUUGGAAGGACUCUGGAUUUAUUGUCUCUGGGGUUUUAUCCCCAUCCCCCGGAUUUUGGAGAACCAACCCCAGCUGAUCCCCAGGUAGCCCCAGGUAGCCCCCAAGGAGCCCCAGACUCAUCCUGGUCUUGUCCAGAUUUCAUUCCUGAGCCUAGCAUUAAAUGGGGGCACUAUCACCUCUCUGAAUAUAGGCGACUCGUAUAUUCAGAUAUGAUUUGCCGAAUGGUAUUCCUGCAUUAACCCCCCCGUCAUUGGUACUAAUUCGACGAGGUGGCUCCCAGUCCAGGUUAAAUCUGUGCAGGCAAAUGAGAGUUCACAGAAUGAUCGGUCAUCGGCCCCGUGUUGGAUAGCUCGCGUGCGAUGUCACGGUGACAAUACAGGAAAAGCUUAUGCAUUAUGUACUCGAUAUUGUCGGGAUGUUAAUGGAGCGAGAUGUGAAUAAAAAGAUGAUAUCAUCUUCCCAACUCAUAUUUUGCUUUAUCUCUCUUCCUCUAUCCUCCUCGGUGGUCAUUUCCGCUCUGUACAUCUCUGCAGCUGCUUGAGAUUUCCCCCAACAGCAUACCUACGGAGAAGAGCACCCCAAACGCACGGAAUAAACAUGUCCUCCAUGGAGGUUCCCGACCCAGAUAUGGUCCAAUCCAAGACAUCUCACCAAGACGAUGCCUCAAAAAGGUAUUCGAUGGCAGAGAUCGAGCGGGCACAGUCAGUCCCUGAAGAUAUCGAGGGCAAGGGAGAUCACGCAGACUAUAGCAAAGUCGACAAAGAAGUUGCCAAAUAUUCGUCAGCCGUUCGGAUCAAAAUAUCACCCGAAGAGAACAUUAGACUACGGAAGUUAAUCGACAAGAGGAUCCUCGUUGUCAUGAUUACGACGUACUUCCUCCAAGCUAUCGACAAAGGCACACUCUCGUUCUCUUCGAUCAUGGGCUUACCGAAAGACACUGGCCUCGUUACUCCAGAUGGAAAAGUCAGCCAGGACUUUUCUUGGCUGACUACGUGUAUCUAUAUAACCAUUCUUGUUGUCGAAUACCCGCAGAAUUAUAUUAUCGCUCGAGUUCCCGUUGCCAAGUAUCUCAGCUUUUCCAUAAUCGCAUGGGGCGCCGUUUUGGCCUGCCAUGCAGCAUGCAAGAACUUGGUCGGGCUGGUCGUCGUCCGUACGCUCUUGGGACUUUUCGAAUCGGCUUGCCAGCCUGCCUUUGUGAUCCUCUCAGCUAUGUGGUAUAGACGCGAAGAGCAAGCCUCGAGGGUUACGUACUGGUACAUGAUGAACGGCGCGCAGCAGAUCGUAGGCGGCCUUCUUGCCUAUUGCUUUACGCUUAUAACGGACGGGCCCCUCAAAUCGUGGCAGUGGCUUUUCAUGGCCUAUGGCAUCAUUUCCGUCAUAUUCGGCCUUUUCGUCCUCUGGUGGAUGCCCGAUUCUCCCAUGCGUGCCAAGUGCUUUACCGAAGAAGAUAAGCGUCUGAUGGUUGAGCGAGUUCGAGACAACCAGACCGGGCUGCAAAAUCGAGUCUUCAAAAAGGAACAGGUAUGGGAUGCAUUGACAGACCCGCAGACGUGGUGCUAUGCCGGGAUUCAGUUUACCACGACUCUGCCGACUAGCGGCCUCGGCGCCUUUGCGAACUUGAUUAUUUCUGGAAGCCUUGGGUUUAGUAACCUUCAGACGCAACUCCUGGCCAUGGUCCUCGGUUUCUACAUCAUUAUGGUACUUUUAGGCUCAGUUUGGUUGGUGAAGAAGUUUAAUCAAAACAUUUUGACUAUGUUAGGCUUCAUUAUUCCAUCGUUCGUGGGUACCAUUUUACUUAUGACCGUACCCAACGAGACCUUCUCGCAACACGUGGGACUGCUCAUCUGCUACUACAUCACGCUGUCUUUCUGGGCUGCGCAAACAUUGGGCCUCUCUCUGAUGUCUCGCAACGUUGGAGGCCAGACGAAGAAGAGUGUGGUGGUCGCUACGAAUUUCGUCUUCUGGUCUGCAGGCAAUGCUAUCGGUCCCCAGGUAUUCCUAUCACGCGAGGCACCGAAAUACCACACAGCAUUUGCGACUCAUCUUGGCUGCUAUGCUCUUCUCGUCAUCAUCCUCUUGUUUUUCCGCUUUUAUCUCUCAAGGCAGAAUAAGAAGCGUGAUCAAUUGGCUGCGGCUGGUAUGAGCGAGGCUCGGGACGAGAGAUUAGCCCACGCUUUUGAAGACUUGACAGACAGGGAGAAUCCUAAUUUUAGAUACGAAUAUUAGAGCAUCUAUCACCUGUUUGCUUCGUAGCAUCUACCGUAGCUACC